AACCCGCAUCUCUUCCCCCGGCUCACACUCUCUCUCCACGUUCCCACCCCUUCCGCGCGACCUCUCCCCGCGCCCCCACUCUCACCCUUGCUCCUCAUCCCUUCUCCGCGCAUUGCAGCCUCUCCCCGCGCCUACCCCUUCCGUGCACCCACUCCCCGCGCUCUCAACCCGCGUCCCCGCUUCCCUGCGCCCUCACCCCUUUCCCGCUCGUCGCCCUGUCCCGCGCCCCGCCGUCUCCCCACGUCCGCCUUUGCCUCCUUCUCCGCGCCCCAUUCUCUCACUGAGCCUGAGCCGCCGGCGCGCUCCGCAUCCCCCUACCCAGCAACCAGGCGCCGCCGCCAUGAAGGUGAAGAUUAAGUGUUGGAAUGGCGUGGCCACUUGGCUCUGGGUGGCCAACGACGAGAACUGUGGCAUCUGUCGGAUGGCCUUUAAUGGCUGCUGCCCGGACUGCAAGGUGCCGGGCGACGACUGUCCCCUGGUGUGGGGCCAGUGCUCACACUGCUUCCACAUGCACUGCAUCCUCAAGUGGCUCAACGCGCAGCAGGUGCAGCAGCACUGCCCCAUGUGCCGCCAGGAGUGGAAGUUCAAGGAGUGACGCGGCCCCUCUGGGCUGUGACAGGGCUGAAGCGAGGACUGGAGCUGCGUUUGUUUUCCAUCAAGUGUUGACACUUUUAUCCAAUAAAUAAAA